CCGCUCGGCAGGCUCAGCGCUCGCAGCCAGCCUUGCCGGGGGCUCUCCUGAUCUCCGUGGAGCUCCGCAGCGCUCGCCCCGGUGGUUUUGCUCCCCCCCAUCCCUCCUCUCCACCCACCCCUUCCCCCUUUUCGCCUUGUCGGGUGUGUUUUUUGCCUGUUGGAAAAGUCCCCGCUGCCCAGGAUGGGGGUCGGUGGGUGCUUAGCCCUGCCCUGGAGGUGCCUGGUCGUCCUCUGUCUCAGGCUGCUCUUCCUUGUGCCCGCAGGAGUGCCCGUGCGCAGCGGAGAUGCCACCUUCCCCAAAGCCAUGGACAACGUGACAGUGCGGCAAGGGGAGAGCGCCACGCUCAGGUGCUCCGUGGACAACCGAGUCACCCGAGUGGCCUGGCUGAACCGCAGCAGCAUCCUCUAUGCUGGCAAUGACAAGUGGUGCUUGGACCCUCGGGUGGUGCUCCUGGCCAACACCAAGACCCAGUACAGCAUCCAGAUCCAGGAUGUGGACGUGUACGAUGAGGGCCCCUACACCUGCUCCGUGCAGACAGACAAUCACCCCAAGACCUCGCGCGUCCACCUCAUCGUGCAAGUGUCUCCAAAAAUCACCGAUAUCUCUCCUGACAUCUCCAUCAAUGAGGGCGGCAACGUCAGCCUCACCUGCAUAGCCACGGGCAGGCCAGAUCCAACAAUCACCUGGAGACAUAUCUCACCCAAAGCCGUGGGCUUCAUCAGCGAGGACGAGUACCUGGAGAUCACGGGCAUCACGCGGGAGCAGUCGGGCGAGUACGAGUGCAGCGCCUCCAACGACGUCUCAGCGCCCGUCGUCCAGCGAGUCAAAGUCACCGUCAACUACCCCCCGUACAUCUCGGACGCGAAGAGCAGCGGGGUGCCAGUGGGGCAGAAGGGCAUCCUGCUGUGUGAAGCCUCCGCUGUCCCCUCCGCCGACUUCCAGUGGUACAAAGAUGACAAGCGGCUGGCUGAAGGACAGAAAGGGCUGAAAGUGGAGAACAAAGCCUUCUUCUCCAGACUGACUUUCUUCAACGUCUCUGAGCAGGACUAUGGGAACUACACCUGUGUAGCCUCCAACCAGUUAGGGAACACCAAUGCCAGCAUGAUCCUCUAUGAAGAGACAACUACCGCUCUGACACCCUGGAAAGGCCCCGGCGCGGUGCACGACGGGAACAACGGCGCGUGGCGACGAGGAGGCUGCGCGUGGCUCCUGCUCCUCCCGCUCGCCCAACUCGCCCGCCAGUUUUGACCCGAGAGCCGGCCCGCGGAGUAGCGGCGGCGACGACCACGGCCAGCGAGAGAGCAAGCAGAAAGGAGAGGAAGAAGAAGAAGAAAAAGAAAGAAGUGUUCACCGUUUCCGAAAAUAAUCAUAAGAAUUGAGAGAGUAUCCGGCCAGGCCACCUGGGGGAGGGG